CAGGCCGGGCGGCGACCGGGACCAUGGCGGCCGCCCCGCAGCUGCGGGACCGCCUGAGUUUCCUGCACCGGCUGCCGAUCCUCCUGAAGGGCACAGCGGACGACGCCGCCCCGUGCCCCGGCUACCUGUUUGAGGAGAUCGCCAAAAUCUCGCACGAGUCCCUGGGCAGCAGCCAGUGCCUGCUGGAGUACCUGCUGGGCCGGCUGCACAGCACUUCGGGCCACGUGAAACUCAAGGUGCUCAAGAUCCUGCGAUACCUGUGCGGCCACGGCUCCGCCUCCUUCCUGCUCAUCCUCCGGCAGAAUGCGGCCCUCGUCCAGGAGGCCACGGCUUUCUCAGGGCCCCCAGAUCCCCUGCAUGGAAACAGUUUGUACCAGAAGGUGCGGGCGGCUGCUCAGGACCUGGGAAGCACCCUCUUCACGGACGCCACCUUGCCCCUGCCCUCGUCACAACCCCCCAGGACCCUGCCUCCAGCAGGUAUGGGCUCGCAGUCCAGGCUUGACGGUACACUGCAGGGCUUCGGCUAUAGCCAGGAUGGGGGCCAAUCAGGCUCUGCAGGCAAGGCCCUCCUGUCCACCAUCCAGAAGGCUGCGGAGGUUGUGGCCAAUGCCGUGCGCCCCGGGCCCGAGGACCCCGCCACCCACAGGCCCCUGCUCCAGGAUGACACCUACCAGCCAGCCCAGACACCGGGCGCCAGCCACAGCUGCUCUGUCCCUGGGAGUUGUGGGGCCAUCCCAGCUGCCCGAGAUGCCAGACACCAGCCAGGGCAGGCCGGAGGGGGCUGGGACGACUUGGACAGCAGCCUGAGCCCCCAGAGUUCCUCUCCGGGCAGCAGCGGGAGCAGGACCUCUGACUUGGGCAGCCGCUCGGGCAGUGACAGCCAUUCAGGUGCCAGCCGGGAAUUCGGGGAGUUGGCAGAGAGGGCUGAGGCUGUGGCCCCGAGCGACUGCCAGCAAGAACUCAGCCUGGUGCGGAGGUUGACUCAGGGAUCCUGUGCCUUCCUGAGCCCCAACGAGGUGCAGUGCUUCCUCAAAGAGUGUGGGCUGCUCAACUGCGAGGUUGUGCUGGAGUUGCUGGCUGGCCAGCUACGUGGGGCCGGCGAGUGUGAGCAGAUGAGGGCGCUGGGUGCCAUCGCUGCCCUUGGGCAUGCCGACCUGCUUCCCCAGGAACUCAUCCUUGCCCUCACCCGCCUUCGGCUGCAGGAGCUGAGCUCGGGCAGCCCUGGACCCGUCACCAACAAGGCCACAAAGAUCCUGAGGCAUCUGGAAGCCUCCUGCGGGCAGCGGCCCCCUGCCCCGCUGCCCCCAGCCUGGCCUGGCCCUGCCACCACCACUGCCCCGGACAGCUCGACCGACCUGCUGACCACUGCAGUGCCACCCGCCGUGGACCAGGCCUUCCUGCAGCCUCUGAGCCCUGCCCCCAUCUCACCCAGGAGUCCUGUGCCCACCACAGUGCCCGGGGACAUCGGGCAGGCUGAGACCAGGCCAGAGCAAGUCACCUCCCUGUUUGCUGGCAUGGAUCUGGUGGCUUGUCCCUCUCCACGCCUGGCGGGGCCUGGCCCUGCAACAGAGGCCCCCCCCACACCAUGCCCGGGCGCCCAGGCUUCCCAGACCUUGGCGCAGGGAGCAGCCGGCUCGGGGCAGUCAGUUUUCGCUUUCUUAAAUGCCUGAUGACCUGGGAGCGGCCACUUGCGGGGGUUUCCUGCACAGAACAGCUGGCUGGUCCUGUCUUUCUUCCGGGACUACCCCACCCUUUCCGGGGCUCUGGUGUGGGUAGCGCUCGCCCCAGACGCUGCGGUGGGCCUGGGGGCUGUGGGGAGCUACAGACUGCAAUCUCAGCCUGCCCCGCUGCCCCCCACCACACGUCAGCCGCCCAGGCCCACAGAGGCCCUUGCCACGUCCAGCAGAGCUGCAGCCAAGCCACGUGCUUUCUGGGUGGCCCUCAGCCCGCCCCCUGCCCUCGCCAGGGUCACGUCCCUCCCCUGACCUGGGCCAACAGCUGGCCGUUUGCACUCAGAUGCCCGUAACAGUGAGGGCCUUGAGUGCUGCCCUUGGGCUCCCAGGGCACCUGGGGCCGCUGCUGGGUCCCCGCCACCUGUCUGUCAGGUGGGCCCAGGCCAGGACUGUGCCGGCCUGCCUGUGUCCCAGCUGUACAUCCUACAGGUCAGGCUUCAGGAGAGUGCCCGGCUGAGAAUAAAUGUCUCCUCCGGCAGCGCUGGAGGGACCGCCUGGUCUCUGCUCUUCCUCCACCCCUGCACCCGGCUCUCAGUGUCCCUGUGGCCGGGAGGACUUGCUGCUGCGUGGGGCACGGGCGGGCCCCGGGGCUGCCCCUCCACCCAGCCCUCACUUUUUUUUUUCCAGUGUUUUCCUGUCUUGGUUAAUUUCCGCUCAUUUUAAUCUCCUGACUACUUGGGGCUUCUCCCUCCAGUCGCGGAGGCCUUGCGUGCCUGACACGCAGGGCUGGGGGUCUCCUCUGAGCACUGUGGUGGGACAGCCAUGAAAGUUAACAUGUUUUCUUAA